AUCCAUAUUUAAAUAACCCGACACCAGCCGAUUGUCCCACACAGAUCAAGUAGAUUCUUGUCGGCUGAAGACCUACAUUUUGGAAGUGUGCAUAGUGUUGGAAGAUGCCUUAUCCAGGACGCAGAGGAGGGAGGAUAGGUCAUAUCCAGUUCCCGCGUAGUGAAGAACUAGCGUUGGGAGAAAGAAGACAAAGAGUGAGGAAUAUGAGAUACCAAUGUACGACAGACCAUCAGGAAAGGAGCCAUCGAGAUGGCAGUCCAGACAUUUGCACAACCAUGAGACACCUGUUGCACCUGUUUGUUGCCCACCUGGAGCCUUUGGACACAGCCGAAGCUGUUGUGCAGGCUCUGAAGCCAAAUCUCCGUCCAAACGAAUUUUGUGAGCAACUUCACAGCAUCUAUAAUGAGACAAAAACCAGGUUAAAGCAAGCCCUGGGCUCUGCACAUGAAAUGGUCCUGACAGUUGAGUUGUGGUCCUACAGAACAGAAGAGCCCUACCUCACAGUAGCAUGUCACUUCGUCGACAGACUCGGGUAUCACAAGUCUCAUACACUUGAAACCACCAGAUGUGUUGAUGACCCCACAGCAGUCAACAUAGUACAGCAGCUUCUAAGCAUUGCAGACGUCUGGGGUAUAAAAGAGAAGAUCCAUACAUUGAUAACAGCUCAAAUGCCAAACAUGAAGGAGGCUCUUGCCAACACAAGCUGGACACACAUGCCCUGUUUUGCCCACACGUUGGACCUGGCAAUCAAAGAAGCCAUGAAGGGUGAGUCUGCUCACGUCCUGCUGAAAAAGUGUCGAAAAGUCGUCAGGUUCUUCCAAAGUGGCACUGAAGCUGAGAAGAAGCUAAGAGAGCUGCAGUCCCAGUUGAGGUUCUCGCAAAAGGAACUGGUUCAGCCCAUUGAUGAUGGAUGGCUCUGUUCAUUGAUCAUGUUAGAACGACUUGACGACCAGUAUCAGGCUAUGCCCAUAGUGCUAACUCAGAGAUCUAAGAAGGACAUGUGUCUGAACGAACAGGAACUGAAAGAAGUCAAGAACAUGGUGUUGGCUCUUCAGACAUUCAGAGACGCCACGUCCAUGAUGAAAAGCAAGGGAUUUGAGACCAUUUCCAUCGUUAUUCCACUCCUCAAAAAACUGAUGGGUAAUCUUGGAAAACAAAAAGGAAUGCUUUCAUCCGGGCUACUUGCACAAUGCAAAAAACAUUUUGGCAAUCCAAACAAACACAAAUUGUCACUCACAGCUGCCCUGGACCCAAGAUUUAAGAACAUGAUACUCAGUGAUGGUGAUGUUAAUAGUUUAAAUGAAACGCUAAUCAAAGAGCAACAAGCAAAUGCUAGAUCACGACAGAUGUCAUCAUCAGUCCUCAACUUUGAAGAAUCUUUGACGAUGUACCUCAACCAUGAUUCAAUUCCAGAGGGAGGGGACCCCCUAGCAUGGUGGAGGAUGACAGGCUCCAAGAUAUUCAAAGAUCUGAGCAAGAUUGCUGUCAGAAAACUAGGUGUCGUUUCCACAGCCAUCCCCUUGGAGCGUGCAUUUGAGAAAGAUGAGAUGUUCCGCAACAGAAGGAAAUGUCUGGCGCGGGAAAACCUCGACAUGAUACUGUUUCUGAACAGCAACUGGCUUGAGAUUUAGACAAAUAUUCAGCUGUUGAUACAACUGCAUGUGAAAAUAAACCUGAAAUCUCCGAUUCAAACACAGACUGUGAAUUUUGAAGUCAAACUUUGUCUGGUCCAGAUUGAAGACUUUACUGUUUGCUGUGCCUUUAAGUGAACAAGAUUCAAGGGUAUCAACCAAUUUCUGAAUCUCACUCCAGCAUUUAAUUUCUUAAACUGCACUGCAACCUUUUUUAUUACAACCGUUUUUAACGUUUUAUUGAAUGAUUUUUUUUUCGCAUUAUGUUUUGAUGUUUUUUAAUGGUUGCAUGUGAAGCACUUGGAAUUGCCUUGUUGUUGAAAUGUGCUAUACAAAAAACUCGCCUUGCUUUGCCUUGGUAAGGCUGUGUAAAUGUUUUAUUCUAAAGUAAUCCAAGAGUGCCACCCGGUGGAGAAAAAAAAACACUCAUUCUGUGUGUGUGUAUAUAUAUUUGUUACAUAUUCAUAUUCAUUAUUAUACACUGUCUUACAUAACGCUGUUUCUCUUUCAAAAUGUUUGUUUCAAGUGCAUUACUGUAAUUGUACAUAGCGGGACAAGUUAUCCCCUUAGCCUAGAUCUCAGCAUUUACUUGUGUGUUGUGUAAGUUGUUGGGGGUACAUAAGGGUUUGGUGGUGGUUGUGUCUGAGUGAGAAAAUAAUUCAUGUGUUUUGAACAUUUUUGAUAUGGAUAUGAACAUUGUGAAUGAACAGUGUUUUAAAACUAAUUAUUCCAUAUUGUGAGUUAACCUUUGGUAACUGUUACCACUGCCUCACGCUUUGUGCUACAUCACAACAAAAGCAUUUUGGGAGGGGAUUUUGUACUGCUAUCAAAUGUAAACAUUAUAUCUGUUGAGGAUCAUACCCUUAACCUUGUCUUUUGACACUGCUUCUAAUUGCAUUAGCUUUUAAUAAUCUAAUUAAUAAUAAUCUAUUCUAAUUAAUCUAAUUUUAAUAAUCUAAUCAUUUUGCUAAUCUCUUCAUAAUCAUUUGUCUGUCUGUGUGCAAGUUUUGUAUUGGGAUUUUAAGGUUUAGAGUGUAUAUAUAUAUGGUGUGGAGAUUAGAUGCUUUAAGUUCAUAAAACUGCCUCAACUGCUGCAGCCGCAAGCCUUCACUAUUUCCCAAGAAAUUGUACCCUCUCAGUUUUUGCAUGUUAACACUUUUUGUAUACCUUGUUGUAAACAAUAAAGAGACUUCUUAGAAUG